AUGGCCGGAGAUCAGGACGAGGAGCUGGACGGGAGCGCGCAGCUGUACACCCCGUCGGGCGACGAGCUGGACGAGGAGGGCGGAGGACUGCCUCCUGUCCCCGCCGAGGAUCUGCGGCUCGUCGAAGGCCAGGUGUACUCGUCGACUGGCUACGAUGCCCAGGGGGACGUCCAGUGCCGCUUCACGUGGGUCGCCCUUCGCCUCUCCGUCGGAGUCGAGACGUACGCGAGGCCGAGGUUCCUUUUCUCAAGCGACCCGUACUGGGACUGGUGGGCGUUGAACCCAGGCGAGCGGGGUGCUGUGACUGCGCGGCCUCUCGUCCAUGUGUGUCAGACGCAGCCGUGCCAGGUCCAGCCCCCGCGGGGCUGCUCAGAGCUGGUGCACAUCACAGAUGCGACCCCCGUCUCGGCCGACGAGCUGCGGCAGGUCUUUGCGUCGUUCCUCUCGGACAACCCAGACGCGGUCUGGCCCGCCGACCUCUUCGGACCGCGGCUCGCUGGCGGGGUGCCGGCGGAGGCGCCAGCCAGGAGGCCGGCCGCGUCGGAGCAGCCAGGGCUGGACGAGCUUUGGAGCGGCGACGUUGUCGAGGCGGAGGGGAGCAGCCGCCGCGCCAGCCUCCGCGGGAAGCUGGAGGCAGCGCAGGAUCGCUUCGCGCGGCUUCAGCAGCAGCGGCGGGCCGCCGCGGGAGCUGCGGAGGCGGUCGCUGCCCUGGACGACAAGCCGCCCGCGAAGGUCCCGCGGCAGGGCGGGCCGCCACCGCAGCGGUCGCUCGCCGAGGUCCUCGAGGACCGCGUGCGGAAGGCGGCGAAGGUCGGGGCAGUUGCCUCGGCCGAGGACGCCAAGGGCGCAGAGGCGGCCGCCGCCGCGGCUGGGCAGGGCGGAGCUGGCGUGCAGGAGCUGCUGACGGCCCUCCUCAAGGCGCUGCAGAGCGCGUCCAGGUCGUCCGACGACCCGUCCUUCGGCGGCGACGGUGGUGUCGCCACCGCCGAGGGCGACUUGCUGCCGAAGGGCCUCGCGUCUCGACGGGCCCACUGCAGGAGAUUGGCCCUCGAGCACCCAGGCAGACUCGCGGAGCUGAGCCUGGCGCAGAUGGCAGAGUUUCUGGGGUCGCAGGACGGCGGCGGGUCGGUCGAUCCGCAUGGCCCGAUCGUCCUUCGGUUCCUCUUGUCGGUCUACUUGCCGCAGCACCCUGUGAAGGAGAUAGGGGGCGAGAUCUACCGCGAGCUGCGGACGAUCGCGGAGGCGCUGGACCUGUUGCUGCAGGGGCGCACGGCCGCGGUGGCCGACAUCCUGGCCCAGCGCUUCAAGGCCAUCCAGGUGGCUGUCGGGGACGGGAGCUGGUCGGCGGCGAAGUGGCUCGAGCUGAUACCGCCGCGGGACCAGCCUCUCGCGCUGCGCAACGAGGAGGAGGAGAUGAUCAGGAGCAUCCAGCACGGCGAGCUCAAGCUGGAGGAGCUUGCCUCACGGCUGCGGCAGAAGCCUCAGGGUUCCGCGGAGGCCGACCGCAUGCUGGCCGACAGGUCGGCAGCCCCAGCCCGUUCGGUCGUGCUGACGCGGCCCUGGAAGGAUGCCAAGGCGAAGUACCCGAAGAAGCCUGGCGAGACGGUCAAGGACCCGCUCACCACUUCGGACUUCCAGGACUGGCUGCGCGUGGUCACGGUCGGCUUUGGGUCGAGCCUCACUGCCGUGGACUUGUCCGUCACGCUGCUGGGCCUUGCCAUCACGGACCCUGGGGGUCUGGGCGCCUUCGCUAGGGAGUUCACGAUGCGUACGUCCACAAGGCGAUGGAUUCGCAGCCGAUGCGGCCCUCGCAGCGGCAGGUGCCGUCUCGCAGGAGUGGCCAGGUCCGUCAUGGUGGAGUGCUGGCUUUACAUGGAGGUGCUCGGCCUCAACCGCAUGUACUGCGGGCGGGCGACCGCCACUUGGCAGCACGAGGGGUCCCUCACGCUGGCGCAGCGGCAGGCCAUGACGCACCUCCUGUCGCGGGCCGAGGUCUUUGCGGAGGACCCCUUCGCGAGCGUGGAGGUGCCCGCGCUGUCAUCUGCCCUCCAGCACGCGGCCAUCGACUACAGCGGGGAGCCCACGGUCAAGGCACUCCCGUGCGUGCUCGCGGAGCUGAAGCCGGGCCUGCCGCAGCCAGAGCACGCAGGCGCCUUGGACGCAUGCGAGUUCGUGGAUGCGGACAUCGGCGCCUGGCUGAACGACCCCACGGUGGCGCUGAAGCCCGAGGCUGAGUGGCCCAACCCGCUCCCGAGGGCGCGGGUCAACGUCAUCUCUGACAGCGACUGGGAGGCCCUGGCGGUGCACUUGGUGAAGUUGGGCAUCUUUACGGUGCUCGAGCCGCACGAGGUGUUCCAGGUGCGGGGCGCUCCGCUCCUCAACGGCCUCUUCGCAGUCGAGAAGAAGGGAGCGCCUGGGCCGGGGGCCGAGCGGGUCACCAGGCUCAUCCUCAACAUGGUCCCAGGCAACUCGCUCCUCAAGCCGUUCGUCGGUGAGGCGUCUACACUCGCGGCGUCGACGGGGUGGACGACCCUUCAUCUGCCCGAGGGCUCCCUGCUGCUGUGGUCUGGCGAUGACCAGAAGGGGGCUUUCUUUGUGUGGCGGAUCCCGCGCUGCUGGCAUGCUCACAUGGCGGUGGGCAAGGCGCUGCGCGGCGACCUGUUUGGGCGCGCGGCGCCGCGGGUCUUCGUCGCCUCAGCUGUCAUCUCGAUGGGUUGGAUGCUCGCCGUGCCGCUGUUCCAGCACAUACAUCGGCGGCUGUGUCGGCUUCCGCCCCCGCUCGGAGCGGGCCUACCACCAGAGGCAGAGUGGCGGAAGGACACGGUGCGGCCGCUCGCUUUUGCUAAGCAGGGCCCCGUCCUUGCAUCUUGGUGGCAGGUAUACAUCGACGACUUCGACGCCCCCGAGAUCAUCGAGGAGGCCGCGGCGCUAGAGCUGCUUGGUAGCCAGGCAGAGUUGCAGGCCGCGGCCCGUGCCAGCUACGGCCGUGCGCAGGUGGCGAUCUCCUCCGACAAGGCGCACCUCCGCCAGCUUCGCGUUGAGAGGAUGGGGGCUUCUGUUGACGGCGUCACGGGGCGGAUCGGGGCCCCCCUCAGCAAGGCGUUGUCCGCCUGCGGUCUCGCCAUCGCGACGCUCGGCGUGGACUUGGUCCCGUGGAGGCUGGCCAUGACUGUGCUCGGCCGCCUUGUCAGGGUCUUCGAGUUCCGACGGCCCUUGCUCAGCAUCUUGAAUGCAGUGUGGAGGCUUUCAGAGCCGCGGGCGAAGGUCUACCUGACGCGGGAGAUGAGGGAGGAGCUGAUGACGGCGCUCCUCGUGAUCCCGCUCGCCGCUACUUCGUUGAGGAGCCGCCUCGAAGGGAUGGCGUCGUGUUCAGACGCGUCCGAGUUCGGGGGCGGGGUCUGCGUGUCGACGGGCCUCCAUGAGCAGGCGGAGGCGUCUAUCCUCGCCGCCGGCGAGCCUGGCGCUCAGCUGGGCGCGGGGGCGAGGGUCCUCGGCCUGCCAGUCGAUCCGCGGGCGCCCUGGACUCGCAGCAAUCCUCGGAUCCCGCGGGCCAUCGUCGCCCGCGUCCUCAGGGUCCUCUGCAUCGGGCUGUUCGACGGCAUCGGCGGGCUGGCGGUCGCGCUCUCGCGCCUGCCCGUGCGCAUCGUCGGGUACGUGAGCGCCGAGACGGACGCCAAGGCCAGGAGGGUCGUACGGCUCAGGUGGCCAGGCGCCAUCGACUGGGGCGACGUCAGGACCGUGACCGCCCAGACGGUGGAGGAUUUGAGGAUCGCCUACCAGUCCGAGGUCGACCUUGUGGUCGCGGGCGCAGGCAGCCCGUGCCAGGGGCUCACGGUGCUGAACGCUGCUGGGCGAGGCCUGGCCGACCCGAAGUCUUCGGUCUUCUUCGAGGUGCCGCGCAUCUUCGGGCUGCUGUCAGACGCUUUCGGGGCGCGCUUCAGGUGGCUCGUGGAGAACGUCGCGGGCAUGACGUCCAGCAGCCUGCGUGGCAUGAGCCAGGCCCUCGGCGUCAAGCCCGUGUUCCUGUGUGCCUCGGCUCUGGUGCCCUGCAGGAGGCCGCGGCUGUAUUGGCUGAGCUGGAGCGUCCGCCCCACCCCGCCGCUGGUCCUCCAGGAGCGUGAGGAUAUGUUCGUUGUCAGCUGCAGUGAGCCGCCCCUGUUGAAUUUGGAUUGGCAGGAUCCUGGGGCGCGCUGGAUCGGCGAGCCUGGGCCUUACCCCACCCUCGUGUGCAGCAGGCCUCAGCGAGGCUACCCUUCAGCGCCGCGCGGGGUGAAGAGUGCUUCGCCCGAGGCGCUCGCUCGCUGGCAGUCGGAUUCGUAUCGCUACCAUGUUGCGCUCUACGAAGAGAAAAACCUCUUGCAGGACAGCGACGGGUCCUUGCGAGUCCCUUCGAGCUCCGAGCGGGAGAGGAUGAUGGGAUUCGACGUGCGUUACACGGCUGUAGCCACGAAGGGCUCGAACCAGCAGGAUAGCGACGACGCCAGGUCCUUCCUACUGGGCAACAGCUUCAAUGUGUUCUCGGUCGCUUGGCUGCUGCAGUGGCUCUUGCUGAGCCUGGGAGCUGUGACGCGCCCGCUGUCCAUGCAGGAGCUGGGGCACGUCGGCGAAUGCACGCCGUCGUGGGACGAGACGGGCUGCUUCGAGAGCGACGCGGGGGAGCCAGAGACCGAGGCCAGCCGCCUCUUGCUCCUCAGCUACCUCGCCAGGUCCGAGAAGGGCGGGAGCGAUGUGCGUCUCGACGUGAACCUGCCGUACCGACCGAAGGGGUGGCCCAGAUCGUCGCUGGACCCGUUCGUGUGGAAGUGGCGAGUCGUGCUGAGUAUAGCCUGGCCCAAGAGGCGGCAGGCGCACAUCAACGUCAGGGAGCUGCAGGCCGCGCUCGCGGCGCUUCGGUGGCGGGCUCGCGCCGCUCGCCGCCACUGCAGCCGCUGGCUCCACCUCGUGGACAGCCAGGUCGUCGCGGCCAUCAUCACGAAGGGCCGGAGCAGCAGCGCUCGCUUGCAGCCCAUGCUCCGGCGCUGGGCAGCGGUCGCGGUCGCGGCCGACAUGUACCCGCUGAUCGGCUACAUCGUGUCGGAGAACAAUCCGGCCGACGAGCCAUCGAGAAAGCUGUGGCGUGGCUCGCGGCUCAGGGGGCGCGGCAGUCGCGCGCCCUUGGUGCGCAAGGCCGCCCGUGCAGGCCGCCCGUGA